AUCGCAACUAAAGUAAACUGUUUAUAAUGUUUUCAAGCAAGGACAAAAAAAUGGAAUUAAAUGCAUUUAUACUUAUUGUUUUGGCUAUUUUACUUGUGAUAACAUCUGAGGUUGCAGCUAGGGAGUUGGCUGAGAGCCCCACCAAUUCUAUGGACAAAGCAAAGGUAUUCGAAGAGAAAAAUGAUCAUGUAAAUGACGUAAAAGAUUUUGAAUUUGGAGGAUACGGAGGCAUAAAUGGAGGAGGAGAUGGUCGAAACCCUGGCGGCGGCAAUGGUGGUUUUGGAGGUUAUCCAGGAGGAGGAUAUGGGGGAAUCCCUGGCGGCGGUAAUGGUGGUUUUGGAGGCUCUCCAGUAGGAGGAUAUGGUGGCAUCCCUGGCGGCAGCAAUGGUGGUUUUGGAGGUUCUCCAGGAGGAGGAAAUGGUGGAUUUCCUGGUGGUGGAUUUCCUCACAAUUAAUUACUAAGGAAAAUAUAUUUAUAUGAAGAAUAUUAUGGUGGCUAAUAUGGAAAUUUUAGUAGUAAAAUAAUAGUUAUAUUGUAGGAAGUAUAAAUAAAAGUAGUUAUAUAUAUAUAUAUAUAUAUAUAUAUAUAUAUAUAUAUAUAUACUCGAACUAUAUAUACAUAUGGAUCAUAGUUAUUUUGGCAUGAACUUAGCUCCUUUUGAAGGCCAUCAACCAAGGCAUUUACUAUAUAUUAUUUGUCUUCGCCACCCUAGAUUUUAUAUGCUUUCAAUAAGGACUGUUCGAGAACUCUUGUAGCUAGAAUAGUUUAUGUAUGCAGUAUCUCUCUUUACUUGUAUUUGGUAUACCACAUGUUUAAGGGAAAAUUAUAUAGUUCCUUUGUAUA